AUGAAGGCCAUUCGAGCUCUCCUCCCCGUGCUACUCGCGGCCAGCCCUGCUGCGGCAAUGCCCCAGAGCCUGCUGUCCAAGCAGAGCGUGUUGGGCGCAACAAGCAAAGCGCAGCGCCUGGGAGUCGGACACUUCAGCGAAUGGAGUCGCGCAACCAAGAAAGCAUUCCUUGUCGACUGGCAGGCCGGCAAAGCAGCAGAAUGGACCAUCGUGGAAGGGAACGAAGGUGGAGACAUGGACAGCAUGACGGCGGCGUUGACGUGGGCAUACCACCUUGGGCACUCGACAGCAAACACGUCGCAUCCCAUCAAAGCCAUCGCACUGCUGCAGACGCCAUCGCAUGCGCUGGACCUACGUCCCGAGAACAAGCUGGCCUUGGAUAACUCUCAGAUGACGCCCGGGCACGAAGACCUGCUCACCAUGGACGAGCUGCCAGAAGACCCCGAAACCCUGAGCAGGAAGCUGAAAGGAAUCGUCCUCGUUGACCAUCCUGAGCCGCUGCGCAAAUGGAGCCAUGCAAACAUUGUCAGCAUAUUUGACCAUCACAAGGACCGCGGCACCGCACCUGACGCCAAACCGCGCAUCUUCGAAAUCACUGCCAGCUGCACCACCAUAGUUGCCCGACAAAUGCUCGAUGAGCUGGAGAAGCUCGACGAAGAAUAUCACAUGCCUCACGAGCUACUGGAGCUGAUUCUCGGCGCCAUUGCCAUUGAUUCUGGCGGCUUGACGAGCGACAAGACCACCAAAGCCGAUAUUGAGACGUCGAAGCGCGUACUCGCGAGGAGCGCAUGGGCGAAGAAGGACCUGGAAGAUGUCAUGGAAGACCUCGACGACAAGCUCUCCGAGGCACAGAAGGACAUCGACAACUUUGACUUGCGCGACCUAUUGCGUCGGGACUGGAAGGGUGAUCUGAUUGACACUCCGUCUCCACGCACACCUACCGUCAGCCUGGGCUUCGCUUCAAUUCCAUACUCGAUGGAUGAUCAGAUACUUAAGACUGAUUUUGCCGAGCUCUUUGAUUGGUUCGCCAAGCACUACAAAGACGGCGAAAAGGAGAAGAUUCGCGAAAUCGUCCUUACGGUCCGUGACGAUGUGCGCAUCGACCAAGACCAAGCCGACUCGCUCUUCAAGACCGUCAAGGAAGCGCUGGAGAACAAUAAGGAGGGCAUUGAGUUGACGCCCUGGCAUCGUGUUGAUGAGCUGAGUAACCGGCAGAUGGUGUGGACGCACAAGAGUGGUGCGGGGAGGAAGAUCAUUCGACCCAUCGUCGAGGAUGCAGUCAUGGGCUGGGACUAA